AUGGCAUCCGCCAUCCCACAACGCCCUCUCUCCAGACCUCCUCCUCCCGUCGCUCCUCCACCCUCCGGUCCCUUACCGGCCCUACCAAUUGCGAAAACGAGAAAGUCCGUCGUCGACCCAUUCGAUGCGCUCGCGUCGCGCCCUUCCUCCUCCGGCUCCACCACGGGCAUCAAACCCCUCUCCCGUGCCGUCACCGCCUCCAGCCUGCCUACCCCCCGCCCUGUCCACACUCAGUCCACUCCUGCAGUGCCCACAUUGAACACCACCAACCUACCGAGUUCCACCUCCACCGCCUCCUCCUCACCCGCCUCCGCUUUACCCACGCCGAACAAAAGCAUCCGCAAGACGAGCAGCAUCCCAUCCCUCCCAAGGGUCACCACUCGGCCUAAUGGACUCCCAACAAGUCCCCUCGCCACCUCCACCACCGACCUUGUCGGCUUGGGAAUCUCCACUUCCGGCAGUGCAAUGGCAAAGAGACAUCGAAGUUCAGACAUUGGGUCUCUCGGCCCGAGUUCCAUGUUUGGCGGCGCGUCUCCGAGUCUGCUCAAUGGCACGGGUGACGGGAUACUCGUCUCAAACGACAGAGCGGCCCGAGGCUCGGACAGCUUCCUCAGCGUCCCUUCCAGACCACACAGCGGCACUUCAUCCCCGAAUGGCUCGUAUAUGACUGAUGCGACGCAAUUUGAGGAUGUCGAAGAGGAGCCUUCCGCUCAAGCCCGAUCACGAAGUCAAGAGACCGCGAAGGAGAGCCCAAAAGAGAAGGAGGGCGACAACAAAGGGAACGUGCUCGUCAGUGUACGCGUACGACCCGAUGCCAAUGGUGGCGAAGGUGGCAAAGCCGACGGGGAAUGGCUGGUUGACGGGAGGCGGUCCUUGAUCGCCUUCAACGGCCGGGAAGGCGGCGAUUACCGCUACGACCACGUCUUCUCCCCCCACGAUCAGAACGCACGAGUAUACGAUGCGGCAGCCAAGCGACUCGUACGGCGAGUCAUGGAAGGCUACCAUGGUACCGUGUUUGCAUACGGCAUGACCGGCACGGGCAAGACCUUCUCUAUGCAAGGCACCGCACAGUCGCCAGGUGUGAUCCCACUUGCCAUUACCGACAUCUUUUCUUACAUUCGAGAGAAUCCGAACCGAGAAUUCCUAUUGCGCGUGAGCUAUCUGGAGAUAUAUAACGAGAAGAUUCACGAUCUACUGAGUCAGAGCACGCCGGGGGUGGUGGAAGACCAAGACAUCAAGCUGCGAGAGGAUCCCAAAAGAGGCGUGUACGCCACGCCGCUCAAGGAGGAAAUUGUACAAUCGCCGAAUCAACUUCUACGAGUCAUUGCUCGCGGCGACCUUGCGAGACGCACGGCUGGAACACAGUACAACGCCCGCUCAUCCCGGUCGCACGCGGUCGUGCAGAUUGUCGUCGAGUCGCGCGAGCGAACACCAGCUCGAUCAAAUGGCAAGACUCUGCCUGGUGGCGUGCUCGUGUCGACUCUAUCCUUGAUUGAUCUUGCUGGUUCCGAACGGGCGGCAGAAAACAAAGAGCGACGAACUGAAGGCGCGCACAUCAACAAGUCGUUGCUCACCCUAGGCACGGUGAUUGCACGACUGUCGGGAGAAGAUGACAAGGAGAAGGAGGAUGGAACGAAGGCGACAGAGAAAGACAAAGAAACCGGCGGUGUGAAGCAUCUGCCGUAUCGGGACAGCAAGCUCACCCGUCUGCUGCAACCUGCCCUCUCCGGCAAUUCUCUGGUGUCCAUCCUGUGCACCAUCCAGAUCUCCUCCGUGGGGACGAGCGCAGCAACUACCGGCCAACACACGGGAGAGACGCUGAACACGCUGAAAUUCGCGAGCCGCGCGAAGAACAACAUCGUCAGCCAUGCGAAGCGCAACGAAUCCCACCCGGGCGUCGACGCAGGAAGUCGCGCCUUGCUCGAUCGGUACCGACUGGAGAUCCAAGAGCUACGCACCCAGCUCGAGCAGCAGAACAAGGCCAAAGACGAAGCCGACGAGCGCGAUGAACUGGAGCGGGACAUGCAAGUCGAGAAGGAGCUGGAGCGGCAGGAGAAGGAGCGGCACGAGGAGCAAAUGUUGGAGAUGCAGCUCGCGCGCACGGCGCUGAAAGAGCGCAUCACGCAUUUGAAUCGCCUCAUUUUGUCUAGUCGAUCGCUUGGUGUGAAUUCUGAUUCUGGCCGGUUGUCGAGUAUGAGCAUGCCGAUUCAUCGCUUGAGUGCGGUGAGUACGAAUGAGUUUGGUCGGCCGGUGAGUAUGCGGAGUCGGGACAGUUCGAACAGUAUCGAGAGUCCGACGAAUGGCGGCGACGGCCACGCUGGCAAUGACCGACAGAGAGGAUCGGUGGAAUCUACUGGAGUGCCGAGCGCGACGCCGAUGGUUACGGAGGAGCCAGGCAUCACGGAAGAGGAUGAAGUCGAGGACUCGGGCGGGGUGGACGGCACGGGCGAAGCAUCUCUUGCGCAGCAGAACCAGAUGCUGCAGGCGGACAUUGCCGACAAGAAUCGGUAUAUUGCCACGCUGGAGAAGCGACUACUACAGGCGCGACGCACGAGUCGGAGUCGAGUGAGCAUGGCGUUGGCCUCUCGAGGGAGCCAGCAAGACGAAGGGAGGCCUGCGAGCGGGGACCCGGAAGCACUACUGCGCGACAAGGACCGCGAAAUCGACGAGCUGAAAGCCAAGCUCGACGACCAAAUGCGAAUGGUGACGGCGUUGCGCAGCGCAGCCCGGAAGCGCGAUCUGCUCGACAGCCAAAGGAGCCCCAGUGCGGAGCAAACACCAUCCCCACCACUUACGGCGCACCACUCCCUGCCGAACGGCAUCCCCGUCGGACGCAGGACUAGCUCCCGCCUCCGCUCCAGCUCCAACGGCCUGCCCGGCACCGCCCCGCUCUCCAGCAAAACGCCGCUCUCCCCCAUGGCGAUUCUCAGUCCCUCGGGCUCCGACAAGUCUGCCGAAGACGGCUUCCGCAGCCCGAGGGAGUCGCUGCGCAUGGCGGCGGGGAAUAAGGCGUUCCGGCGGCGCAGCGUGGACGAGAUGACGAUUUUGCUCGACGCCAUGAUUCAGGAUAAGGUUGAUGGGGGCCACUUGUUGCGGAGUGACAAGGGGAGUUUAAGGCUGAAGAGGGAUACGGUGAUGGGUGGGGCGGAGGAGGGGAUUCAGGAGGAGACGGAGGAGGAGGAGACGAGUGAGUGA